UUAAGGUUAGCCAAACAUGUCCUAAUCUAACCCUCGCAUUAACACAAUUCAAGCACGAUGCACCACUGCUGAUUGUGUUCUUACAUCAUCAUAGUCUGUCUUCAUCCCAUCCAUAGUCUUGUGCUUCUCAAGAAACUAAAAAUAAUCUUACACUCACUCACCAAAAAUUUGCUUUUCAAGAAACAAAUUUUUUUUUCACCCACCUACCGAAAAAUUGGCGAUUUGAGUUCAAGUACAAUCAAAAACCAUCUUGUUCGAUUGAAUUUAAUUUAGGGGGAAAGCGAAAGGGUAAAAAGAAUGAGUUUCAGAGAGGAGGGAGAUGAUGGGAGAGGGGAUCUGAGGAAGCCAUUUUUGCAUACUGGAAGUUGGUACCGAAUGGGUUCGAGGCAGUCCAGCAUGAUGGGUUCUGCUCAAACCAUAAGGGACCGCUCUAUCUCAGUCUUGGCUUGUGUCUUGAUAGUUGCCCUCGGUCCAAUCCAGUUUGGUUUCACUUGUGGAUACUCUUCACCAACACAAUCUGCUAUCACCAAAGAUCUCAAGCUCACAGUGUCCCAGUUCUCUUUGUUUGGUUCCUUAGCAAAUGUGGGCGCUAUGGUUGGGGCAAUAGCUAGUGGUCAGAUUGCUGAGUACAUUGGACGAAAGGGGGCUCUAAUGAUCGCUGCCAUUCCCAACAUCAUUGGUUGGCUUGCCAUAUCAUUUGCCAGAGAUAUUUCGUUUCUUUACAUGGGAAGAUUGCUGGAAGGGUUUGGUGUGGGAAUAAUCUCGUAUACGGUGCCUGUAUAUAUAGCCGAGAUAGCACCUCAAAAUUUGAGAGGGGGGUUGGGUUCGGUAAACCAGCUCUCUGUGACUAUUGGGAUUAUGCUUUCUUAUCUACUGGGAUUAUUUGUUGGUUGGAGAGUGCUUGCUGUUCUUGGAGUAUUGCCUUGUCUUAUAUUGAUACCUGGUCUGUUCUUCAUCCCGGAAUCUCCUCGGUGGUUGGCCAAAAUGGGAAUGACAGAUGAUUUUGAAGCUUCUCUACAAGUUCUUCGGGGUUUUGAUACCGAUAUCACCCUUGAAGUAAAUGAAAUCAAGAGAGCUGUAGCAUCAACAAGUAGAAGAAUGGCAAUCCGUUUCGCAGAUCUUAAACUCAAAAGAUACUGGUUACCACUGAUGAUAGGAAUUGGGCUACUUGUCUUUCAACAACUAAGUGGAAUUAAUGGUGUUAUCUUCUAUUCCACGACUAUUUUUGAAUCAGCUGGGAUCUCAUCGGGUAAUGCUGCUACUGUUGGUGUUGGUGCUAUUCAGGUUAUUGCCACUGCAAUUUCUACGUGGUUGGUAGACAAAACUGGGCGUAGGGUUCUGCUAAUUGUUUCCUCUUCUGGGAUGGCUCUUAGUCUCCUACUUGUUGCUGUUUCAUUCUUUUCGAAGGGCUUCGUAUCAGAGGAUUCUACUGCCUAUGGUAUAUUCGGAAUCCUAUCUGUAGUUGGGGUUGUGUGCAUGGUCAUUGCCUUUUCUCUAGGAAUCGGACCCAUUCCAUGGCUUAUCAUGUCCGAGAUUCUUCCUAUUAAAAUCAAAGGCCUCGCUGGAAGUGUGGCAACUUUGGCCAACUGGUUAUUGUCGUGGGUUAUUACGAUGACUGCCCCUUUGCUAUUAGAUUGGAGCAGUGGAGGCACAUUCACUUUUUACAUGCUGAUGUGCGCUUUCACCGUGAUAUUUGUGGCAAUAUGGGUGCCUGAGACGAAAGGAAAAACGUUGGAAGAAAUCCAGUUCUCGUUCAGAUGAAACGUUUUAGUGUAAUUUGCUCUCUAUUUCCUGUCCAUUUCUCCUCCUCCUUGCUGGGACGAUGGUCCAGUUUUGUAUUAUUUUCAUCCAGAAAAGUGUAACUUUUUCUCCUUUUUGUUUGAGCGGUGAAUCCGGAAUUUAGAACUCACAGAUCUAGUCCCUUGGCUUAUUAUUCCCUAAAGGCUUGCAUGCUACUGGAUUUUGUAAUUCUCACAUAUUGAUAAAUGUUUAAAGAGUAUUUUAAUAAUUUUAAAUGUGGCUCAAAUAAGGCCUUAUUUUCUGAAUA